AGGAUCAGGCUGAACCCAAACCGAGCAGCAGCAGCAGCAGCAGCUACAGUGAACUUAUGAUCAGGCUGUGAUGCACACGGGUGACGCCGCGCUCCUGUAGUCGCAUAACCAAAGACUGGCGUGGGAUCGGUGCCUGCUGCGCCUCAUCUGGAAUAACGUCGGGAAAAUCCAGAAAUUUCAUUAGCGGGUGAUUUUUUUUUCUCUGAAAGAGGGCGAGCCUCGUUGAGAAUAAUCCCUUUUGGGCAAACGUUUUCAUCGGCAGGGGGUUUUCUGUACUUUGCAGAAGCCAGAGCAGAUUUAUUCCGAUAGAGAAUCGCCAAAUAAUAAGGAAACAUGGGUAAGCAGAACAGCAAGCUGACUCCUGAGGUGAUGGAGGAUCUGGUGAAGAACACAGAGUUUAAUGAACAUGAGCUGAAGCAGUGGUACAAAGGCUUCCUGAAGGACUGCCCCAGUGGCAGGCUGAAUCUGGAGGAGUUCCAGCAGCUUUAUGUGAAGUUCUUCCCUUAUGGUGAUGCUUCAAAAUUUGCACAACACGCCUUCAGAACCUUUGACAAAAACGGAGACGGGACCAUUGAUUUCCGAGAGUUCAUCUGCGCUCUGUCCAUCACAUCCCGUGGCAGCUUUGAGCAGAAACUCAACUGGGCCUUCAACAUGUAUGACCUGGAUGGUGAUGGCAAAAUAACCAGAGUGGAGAUGCUGGAGAUAAUCGAGGCUAUCUACAAAAUGGUGGGCACGGUGAUCAUGAUGAAAAUGAACGAGGACGGUUUGACACCAGAGCAGAGGGUGGACAAGAUCUUCAGUAAAAUGGAUAAAAACAACGACGACCAGAUCUCGCUGGAGGAGUUCAAAGAGGCGGCAAAGAGCGACCCGUCCAUCGUGCUCCUGUUGCAGUGUGACAUGCAGAAGUGAGCCGUCGGUGCUCCCUCCUCUUCCUGUCUGUAUCCACACACUCUGGACAGCAGCACACGUUUUAAUGUCUCAUUAGGUUCUCUGCCAUUUCCACAGGAAAAAAAAUAACAAAAAACAAUGCUUGGACUAUUUUUCAAUGGACUCGCUUCUUGUGGUUGUAUGCAUGAGAAUGUCAAAUGCUGAAUAAUUUUGAACAUAGCUAUAAGAUAUCAUACAUUUCUAUUUGACAACAUGCCAAUGUGAUUUGUGCACAGUAAUCCCUCUACAUUCUCAUUCAACCUUAGCUUGUAUAUCAGUGGAGCACUGCAUUAAAUUAUGUUUCUGCAGUAUUUAGGAUCCCCAGUGUUCACUGCUGCAACUACUGUACGCUUUACAUGAUAGUAACUAAAUAAUAAUUCCUAUGAUAAUUGUAACUGUCUCUACUGUACAGACUUAUUGAGCUCUUGGAGGAUAGAAAGGCUCCUGUCUGUUCCAGAUGUUUUCACACGGUGGAACCAAGAAGAGUAGGUUCUUUGCAUGCAUAUAUUAUGUGUCAAAAAAAAUCUCUUACCUUUUUCAUCUUUAGGUGGUUAUAAAAAGAGAAACCGUCACACUAAAUUCAUUUAGUAUUGUUGCAUGGGAUGUACAGUAUGUGACUCAUUAGACCAUUAGUUCACCUCCUGUAAUGUGGGAGCAUGCUUCCUUCCAUUCGAUACACGUGUAUGUGUGACACUUUCGAAAGGUUUUCGGGUUGCAGUUGAGGGCUAAUCUCCAAGGAAGAGCUUUCACGUGAACAUAUUAUAUUUUGCUUAAGUGACUUACAGAAUGAGCAGAAAUAUAUUUAUGCAACAUGCGUCCCUUAAUGUUACUAUUGUACUGCUGCCGCUUAAUCUAGAGACGAGGCCAGACUUACAGCUGUCAUUAGGCGCAGGACACGUGCGUUAUUCCCCACGGCGAUCCCAGAUUGGCUUCUUUUUAGGCUUCUUCUUUGAUUUAUGGUUUACUCGAGUUAACGUUAAAGUAACUAAACUUUACUCAGUACAUAUCAACUUGUUUACAGAAAUGAAGAGCACUGCAAAAUUAAUAGUCUUGGCUUUUGACCUUAUUGCUGGGAGCUCACUCUUAAAGCUAGGGCCCUCGUGAGAGGGGCUCCACUUUUCAGUGCAGCAAAAGGAGGGAAAAAGCCUUAUAUAUAUGUUUACCGAACACACUGCAUUCCUUCGUAUAAAACUUUUUUGUAAGGAGAAACUUUUUAUCGAAAGGUCUCAUCUUCUAAUCUAUUCCGUUCGCUGCAGUCAUUAAAGAUGCAGGACCCCCGAGAGAGGUGCUUGAUAAAGCUUUUGAGAGAGCGUUUCAGAGCGAGACAGUAAUGAGUUGGCGAAGGUUGAAACUAUUGCAGAAAUUCUCGUUCAGCAGUUUUGCUUCCCCAUUUCCAGGCUAUGCAAGCAAGGACUGAGUGUCUGCUUGUAGUCCACUUAUAGUAGUGGAAGGUGCAGAAGCUUGUCAUUGUUUUGUCUCAAACCAAGCAUUACAUUAUCAGUGUCUAUAUAAUUUAUAAAUUUCAGGCCAGUCACCAUGUCAGAUUCUUUGUCUAGUAAAUGUUUAUAUCAAAUAUGAAAAAGCAUAAUACAAGUGACUGUAUUCUUUUAUACAUGUGGCAUGUGUUGCACCCAAAAAUAAUUCUGUAGUGAUUAAAUCAAAUAAACCAUGAACAGGCUUUUUUCAAAAGGCACGGGCUGCCAGGUGGACUUAAUGGGCACAAAAUAAAAUCAUCUCUGAACACAGUGCUCUGUAUGGAUGGACAAAGGGAUGAAUGGAUGGACAGCCUUGUGUGCAUAAAUCAUAUGAUCCGCAUAAAACGUGCUCAGAAUUACA